UCAGCCAAACAAAAAAGUUCUCAGAUUACGGCAAACCGAGGUUCCCCUUGUAGAGGGUACCCAUAGGGACUCUCAUGCCAAAUAUCAGCCCAUUUGGUUGAGAAUUGGCCUGUCCCCAGCGGUUUCAAGUUUACAUGGAAAUUACUAUGGGAUUUUUGUGCUUUUCGUUCAAUCGAACCUACAGGCCAGGGGACAACAUGGAUUCACUCGGAAUAAAGACAGGUGAGUAGGGGAUGGUCCAAUGAACACAUUCCAGAAGGAAAAAGGGUUGUCCGUUCUGUCCCCAAGGUGCGCAUUGGAUCGACGUCCGGUGUCUCAAAAACUACGAAUGCCGACGCCAAUUGAGCUUUUAUUUUCAAUGGUUACUACGUAGUUGUGAUGUGUUUUGAAUGGUAAACAUGAAACAAAUGUCAGAACGUCUCAAUGGAAGCAGAAAGCUUUAGUUUGCGGUCCUGGAACCAGGCUUUCCUGGUGGGAAAUCUGGAGGGAAAUCUGCCCCUGCAUCGCACCCCGACGAACAGAGAGCUUUUAAGCGCUCUUUUGCACCGGAAUCGAUACGACAAGCUUUCGAUCAAGAAUGCCGCCUUGGAAAUCUCCCGGUUGGCGGAAAGUGCUUUAAAUGUACCACGAAGAAAGAUCAAUGCCCAUUUGCAAGAUUUGUACGACACUUGGAGAGGACUUUACAAGCAAAAAUCCCGAACCACUUCGAAAUCGGAGGAGGAUAGAACUCAUUUCAGGACGGAACUAUCCAUGCCAUGUGAUUUAUCGUGGAAUCCAAUCGGACAAGAGGAAGCUGCAGUUGGAACGACUGAACAAACGACUGAAACGUUGGUUAACUGUUUGGAUAGUUUAACAGCCUCAGCAGAUCGACGAUUUGAAGAUGAUCAGGACCUUGAUCAGGGCCAUGACCUAGCUGGUGACAACAACAGCAACGAGGACAGUGAAAGUAAAGAUAAGGCUUUUCUGGUGGGAAGUCUGGACGGAAACCUGCCUCUUAAACGAACACCAACGAACAGAGAACUUUUAAGCACACUCUUGUUCCGGAAUCGACAUGAUCAGCUGCCUAUCAAGAAGGCUGUCUUGGAAAUCUCCCGGUUGGUGGCUAACACUUUGGAAGAUCAAGUCCCAUUUAACAGAGUUGCACGGCGCUUGGAGAGGUUGUGCGUUUAUUUUUUUUUUUGUGUAAUAUAUACGAAGUUAUUUUAUCACAAACAGGACUCGUCAAGAAUAAAAGCCGAACAAACGCGACAUCACAGGAUGACAGAAAAAAAUUCCUGUUGAAACUAUCGUUACCUUGCGAUUCAUCUUGGAAUGUAUGUGAAUUUGUUUUUCGUUUUAAAUCUUUUGUUAAUUUCGAAAUUCACAGUCUAUCGCUGGACAAAACGCAGCAGUUGAAUCGCCUGAGAAAACGGCCGAGCAUAUGAAUUCAGAUAACUGUUUCGAAAGGUCAACAUUCUUGGCAAUCCGGCAUACUGGUGACGUUCAGCGACACGGAAACAAUCGCGAACAAAAUAACCAAGAUCAAGCUGACUGCAACGGAGACAAGGAUGAUAACGAUGUCGAUAAUUACGAGGAUGAAGUAGACAAUGACGAUGGCGACGGGCAAAACGAUGAUGAUUACAAUGAAAAAAGUAAUGACGAUGACGACGACGAAAAUAACGAUGACGACGACGAA